UAGUACGUUCUCAACGCACCGCAAAGUAAUACAAUAUUCAAAUCGUCUUCUUUAAAAAUUACGGUACCUCGGAGUUAGUGUACAGAAUUAUAAAUUGAGUAUCUCGUUAGUUAUUUCAUUUCAUUUCCAUCGAUCGCUGCAGUUAAAAAUUGCUUUUUAUUAUACUCCGUAUCGGUGAACUUGUUUGUUUGUGAUUAUUAAAAUGCCAGUUUCCUGCAUCAUAGCUUUCUCCUCUCCAAAUUUUAGAUUUGCAGUAUAUAAUGCAACUAUAUCUGGUACGAAAUUUGCCUAGUAGUACAAGAGGUCACACAUUUUCGAUAGGUACCUGAAGUCAAUCGGACGCGUUUCCCGGUCCAUCUGAGAUUUUUAUUUUUUUUAUACGCGAAAUUUUUAAAACUAUGACGAAAAUAGUGUUACCGUUUACUAGCAAAGUAUCUUUAUUUAUUAUAUUAUUAUUAACUGGGGAUGUCUCUAUGAGAUACACCAAAUAUAACUAUACAGCAGAGCUUCUCAAAGACAGCAAACCAAAAAUGGGGACGUCAAAUUUCGUAUUGAAAAGGUAUGAUAAUAUAACAAAGUCUGAAGAAGAUCAUAGGCUUUAUAGAGGUCUGGAAUUGUCUAACCAUAUGAAAGUGUUGCUUGUAAGUGAUCCAAAAACUGAUAAAUCUGCAGCUGCUAUGGAUGUUAAUGUAGGAUUCCUUAGCGAUCCAAAAGAAGUGUAUGGGCUGGCCCACUUUUGUGAACAUAUGUUGUUUCUUGGAACAAAGAAAUAUCCUAAUGAAAAUGACUACAAUAAGUUUUUAAGUGAACAUGGUGGCAGUACAAAUGCAGCAACAUAUCUGGAUCACACAGUUUACUUUUUUGAUAUAGUUCCCAACCAACUCCCCCAAGCAUUGGACAGAUUUUCCCAGUUCUUUAUUGCUCCACUUUUUACAGAGAGUGCAACAGAAAGAGAAAUUAACGCCGUUAAUUCUGAACAUGAAAAAAAUUUGCCCAAUGAUCUUUGGAGACUUGAUCAAUUAAAUAAACAUUUAGCCAAUCCUGAUCACCCAUUUAACACAUUUGGAACAGGCAACAAAGACACUUUAAUAAAAAUUCCUAAAGAGAAUAAUAUUGAUGUAAGAGAGAAGUUACUAGAGUUUCACAAUAAGUGGUACUCAUCAAAUAUUAUGAGUUUGGCUAUAUUAGGAAAAGAGAGUUUAGAUGAACUAGAAGAAAUGGUUGUUAAAUUAUUUUCAAGUGUACAAAACAAGGAUGUAGAAGCACCAGUAUGGAAGACCCAUCCUUUUUCAGACAGUCAAUUUCGUACUAAAGUUUAUGUUUCUCCAGUAAAGGAUGUUAGAAAUUUAAAUAUUGUAUUUCCUAGUGAAGAUUUGACUGAAUUCUAUAAAUCAUCACCUAGUCAUUAUAUAAGCCAUUUAAUGGGCCACGAAGGUCCAGGUAGUAUUUUGUCCGUACUUAAGGCUCGAGGAUGGUCCAACAAUUUAGUAGCCGGAAGUAAACCUGCUCCUAGAGGUAUAGGCUUUUUCGCCGUAGCUGUCGAUUUAACAGAAGAAGGCAUGGACCACAUUGAUGAAAUCAUCGAAUUAGUGUUCCAGUAUUUGAACAUGUUGAAAAAAGAAGGCCCACAGCAAUGGGUGCAGGAUGAAAAUAAAAAUAUUGGACAUAUGAUAUUUAGAUUUAAAGACAAAGAAUCUCCUAGAACUUAUAUCUCGUCUUUAGUUCAUAGUAUACAAGAAUAUCCAAUGGAAGACAUCCUGAGUGCAAACUACAUGUUACGUGAAUGGCGUCCUGAUCUUGUUGAAAGUGUAUGGAAUAGUUUUGUUCCAGAUAAUGUUAGAAUAUCUGUGAUAGCUAAGAAAUUCGAAAAUGAACUUAAUGAGACAGAACCCUGGUAUGGAACUAAGUAUAAGAAAGUUGAUAUCCCCAAAGAAACUAUAGAGGCGUGGAAACAAACUGGACUGUGUCCAGAUUUGAAGAUGCCCGAAAAGAACGAAUUUAUUCCUACAGAUUUUAGUUUGUAUACGCUGGACGAGGAUGUUACUGAAUUUCCUGUAAUAAUUGAAGAUACUGGGCUGACCAGAGUAUGGUUUAAACAAGAUGAUCAAUUUUUACUGCCCAAAUCGCAUCUCAUGUGCGAUUUCGUGAGCCCUCUGGCUUAUUUAGAUCCAUCAAAUUGUAAUUUAACCCAUAUGUUGGUACAACUUUUCAAAGAUGCCUUAAACGAGUAUGCGUAUGCAGCUGAGCUUGCAGGUUUGAAAUGGGAGUUGAUUAAUACAAAAUAUGGUUUGAUUCUUGGUAUUGGCGGAUACAAUAAUAAACAACAUAUAUUAUUGAAAAAAAUCAUGGAGAAAUUAACUAAUUUCAAGAUUGAUCCUAAGAGGUUUAAUAUACUUAAAGAAACUUACAUACGAAAUUUGAAAAACUUUGCUGCUGAGCAACCCUAUCAACAUGCCGUAUAUUACUUAACUGUUCUGUUGACGGAACAUUCAUGGACAAAACAAGAACUUUUAGCAGCAACUGAUCAAUUGACAAUCGAAAGAUUAGAAGCUUUUAUUCCACAAAUGUUGUCGAAGAUGCACAUUGAGUGUCUCAUUCAUGGUAAUGUUAAUAAAGAAAAAGCACUUGAACUAGUUCACAUAGUAGAAGAUGGUCUCACAACGGCGAUGAGCAUGUCCCCUCUACUUCCCAGACAACUUCUUCUUAACAGAGAGUUAAAACUUGAAGAUGGUUCUGAUUAUUCUUACGAAGUCAGUAACGACGUUCACAAAUCUUCUUGUAUAGAACUCUAUUACCAAUGUGGGCUACAGUCGAAGGAAAACAACGUAAAACUUGAACUGGUGGCCCAAAUUGUACAGGAACCUUGUUUCAACAUUUUACGUACUAAGGAGCAAUUAGGAUAUAUAGUAUUUAGCGGCGUUAGGAGAUCGAACGGAGUGCAAGGGCUAAGGAUAAUUGUGCAAUCUGACAGGCAUCCAAACUAUCUGGACUCAAGAGUGGAAAAGUUUUUGGAGAGUAUGCUGGAACACAUCACUGAAAUGAGCGAAGAAGACUUUUUAAAACAUCGCGAAGCUUUAGCAGCUCAAAGGCUGGAAAAGCCGAAACAGCUCAACGCUUUAACCAACAAGUUUUGGCAGGAAAUUACUUCACAACAAUAUCACUAUGAUAGAGCGAACGUAGAGGUAGCCUAUUUGAGGACUCUUACGAAAGAGGAUAUUAUUGAUUUCUAUAAAGAGGUGCUGAGCAAAAACGCGGAGAAGCGCAAAAAAUUGACAGUCCAAGUACUUUCAAUGGCAGAAGGUGGAGCCGGAAGAAAUGCCGCCGAGGAAACCAAUGAGGUCGGUGAUGGAACUUGCAGCGCUUCCGUUAUUAAUGACGUUACUGUAUUUAAGAGCUGUCACGAGAUGUAUCCACUAGUGCAACCUUACAUUAACAUUACGCGAAAGGGCAACAAAUGCAAACUGUGAUGCCGUGAUUAGAUUUAAGGACUAAUAUUUUUUUUAACUUUCCUGAAUGUGGCAGUUUUACUGUUAAUAAAACACUUAACUUUA